AUGCAAAUGCAAUUAAGCGCAAAGGAUACAUUGAACCUGUGGAUAAUAUUCAUCUGUAAUUGCUUCGUUUUGAAUGCCACAAAUUUGGGGUUUGUGCGAGCUACUCCAGGAUGCGCUUUUCACAUGUACGAUGGCGUUUCCGCAGAAAGUGAGGGAGUGCGUUUUAUACGCUUGCGAGAAGAUGCUGAGAUUGGUAAAGAAAUACUCCUACUGCGUGCCUACCCCCGCUCUACCAUAGCGCUAAGGAGUGUCGAUAACUCCGGUGAUCAUAAGUAUUUUGGAUUAACGGAAUUAAACACCACCACAGUACGCAUUACGCUUACACGCUCCAUUGAAGAUCUUGUAGAUCGCGAUGUGCCGCGGAAUUUGCUGAAAUUUCGUGUGGUGUGUGCGGGCAAAAAUGAAAAGCUUGAAGAGGGCAGUUACCUAUCGAUCACGGUUUAUAUUGAAGAUGUCAAUGACAAUGCGCCGGAAUUUCUAAACACUCCCUAUAUUGUGGACGUGGAUGAGAAUACGCCACCUGGCACAAUCGUCUUUGAAGGCAUACAAGCAUUCGACCGUGACAAACCGAAUACACCCAACUCGGAGGUACACUUCAGCAUGUCUACGGUGCCAGAGCAGCUCUCCGCCGAUGGUAGUCCAUACUUUUCGCUUAAAAGUCCACAUCGCGCCCUGCUAAUACUAAAGAAGGAAUUGGAUUUCGAUAAUGGCAUACGACUGUUUAAGCUGCCGCUUUUUGCCUGGGAUCGUGGCACUCCAGCCAAUCAAGUCAACACGACGAUAACUAUUAACGUGCGGGAUGUGGAUGAUUUGCCACCAAAAUUUACCGAGGGCGUGUAUCGUACCAAGAUCAAUGAAUUCUAUCCUAUGACGAGUAUACCCAUCCGCUUACCACUCUACUUCUCUCCCCCGAUCAUGGCGUUUGACCAGGAUUCGCUGAACGCUACACUGGUGUAUGAGAUCAUUUCCGGUAAUGAGCGUAAACUAUUCCGCGUCAACCCGAAUAAUGGCAUCUUAUACCUUCAAAAAGAGGUUGACUUGGAGGAAGAAAGUUUACCGGGUAACACGUUCGUUCUACAAGUCGAAGCGCGUCAACGAGAAAAUCCUUUGAAAAAAGCUGUUGCUAGAAUCGAAGUGGAAAUACUUGAUCUUAAUGAUAAUGUGCCCGAAUUCGAAGCUGACUUCUACAACAUUUCGAUUGUCGAAAAUCUACCUACCGGGUUUAGUGUGCUUCAAGUAAAUGCCAUCGACCGCGAUCAAGGCGAAAAUGCUGAGUUCUUGUAUCAGCUUACCGAAGAGCCGGAAGUCGCAGAUGCUUUUCGCAUUGAUGCCAGAACCGGUUGGAUUACGGUGAACGAUGAUCGACUGCUUGAUCGCGAGCAACGCAAGUCACUGCAUCUGAUGGUUGAGGCAAUCGAACGUAAUCCGCCAUAUAUAACAGACGCUAACCUGCGGAAACCUGGCCCAAGUAGAGUCAAAGUGGACAUUACCUUAUUAGAUACAAAUGACAAUACGCCGAAGUUCGAGCAUGGCAAUUUGUAUGAGUUCAAAGUACCCAUUACUGCCGCAGUGGGCUACUUAGUGGGACAAGUUGUUGCGCUGGAUCCUGAUGAGGGGCCCAACGGCAUGCUGUUGUAUGAGCUUCAGCGACCGAAGGGGAGCGGCUAUAUACCUUUUCGAUUGGAUACGAAAAAUGGCACAAUUUACGUCAAUGGGCCUUUAAGACGUGGGCGCAUAGCUGUGUUUGUGGAAGCGAGUGACCAGCCUACGAAUCCAUCGGAGCGACGUUUUUCUUUGGCCGUCAUCACGAUAGAGGUCUAUGCAACGAUCGAUGAUCAAGUUAUUGAUUUUGUGGGCGCGCCAUAUGAGUUUUGGGUAGGCUCCAAUGCGCCUCUAGGCACUUCGGUGGGUCAGGUGCGCACAACUCUUAUCUAUGAGGGGGAAGAUGAAAUCAUGUACGAUCUGUUGCACACAUACUCCGAGGGUGUUCCUUUUGCGAUCGAAGAGCGUUCAGGCAUUAUAACUGUGAUACGGGAAUUGUCAGAAUUUACGCGAAAGGUGUAUCUCUUCGAAGCGGUGGCCAAUUAUCUCUUUGCCAAUUCUACACAAACACUCAUUAUGUCGCGAAGUUCGCCUCCCGUAACUGUUACACCAACGCAGGCAGAUAUGACCGACGAAGGCGUGCUUAUAACCAAUGUCACCAUUCAUGUGGUAAUGAAACCCGAGCAAAAAGUUCCAUUGCGACCGGUUAUUGAAGAAAUCAACAUGAAUGUCAUCCACUUCCAUAUCGAGGAGAAUCUAGUUGGUGGCAUCAUUGGCCAACUACUCUACAAGAAUGGCAUCAAUGUACUGAAUAAUGAAUUGGGCACUUACCGUACGCUACAAUCUACGAGCAAUGUAACUAUGGGAAGUCGGUUUCGUAGUCGCAGCCGCAGUCGAAACCCCGCGAAUGUUUCGCGCAUGCGCUCACCUCGACGUCUACUGGGUGACUCGAAUAUCAAAUUGCGAUAUAUUAUCGCUAACCAGCAGGAGGUGGUUAACAAAAUCAGCAUCACCGAAGACGGCACAUUGCUCACGCUGACCGGUCUUGAUCGCGAGGAAAAGGAUCAGUACGAUCUUACAGUGAUUGUUGAGUACACAACGGGCUUGGUCAGUGGCGCCGGUAUAUACCAAGUGACCGUUAAAGUUGACGAUGUCAACGAUAAUGCACCCAAAUUCAAUAGCUUAUCCUAUGUCGGUCUGAUUAACGAAAAUAGCGCCAGCGAUACAGAGAUUUCGGUUAAUCAGCCAAUUCACAUUGCCGAUGCUGAUUUGGAGAAGAACGCUGAGUUUCGUGUAGUACUGCAGGGCGACUACAGCGAUCAGUUCUCCAUUGACUUCUACAAUGUUAGCCAUGAAGCACAAAAUAGAAGUCGUCAUGCACCGCAAACACCGGCCACUUUCAGUGUCUUCAACUUAACUGAUCAGUGGAAUGAGGAAUUUAAAUUUGUGGAAAUGCAAAAUAUGCUCAUGCAAUCCAAUUUAAAGUUGACGAGCGGUCCAUAUUUUCGUGUCAGCUACACUGGCAAACGUCCACUCGAUCGCGAGAAAGAUCAAAUUUAUAAACUGAAGCUUAUUGCCAUCGAUACUGGUGGCUUAUCUACCUAUUCACAUCUGAACAUACUUGUGGCCGACGUGAAUGACAAUGCCCCCAUUUUCGAACGCAUCUCCGUAUUCAAGGAGUCAAAGGUGGAGAUCCGUGAAUAUACGACCGAUAUGGAAAUUUAUUUUGUGGACAACUCUGCCGUUCAAACGAUGGACGCGAUACAAUCAGCCAUGAUUGUACCACCUUAUCAUAUACCAGGCUCCCCCCGUCUCAGUUCGGAGUUUGCUUUCAACAACAAUUAUACGGAUAUGCGCCAACAGCGUGGUCGACGUUCGCGCAAGCGCCUGGGUCGCGGGGCCGGACAAAAGCCAAUAAUGAAGUGUCCAUUAUUUGCCAUAUAUGAAAACACGCCCAUUACCACAAAAGUGUUGCAGAUCAUGGCGAGUGACGAAGACUAUGGCAGUAAUGCGGUGGUACAUUAUGAAUUGACCGUCGAACAUGUGGAGCGUCCUAUAAUAGGCACACAAUUUCCAGCGCGCUUUUCAGGUGUGAAGCAUUUCGCUAUUGACAAGCUGAGUGGAGAAUUGAUGGUCAACUAUCCAUUGGCGGCCAACUUGGAUAUGUUACUAAAUCUUACCGCCACCGACAUCGAUGGACUGAAGGACAUUACGUGCCUGCGUUUUACUGUGGUCGAUGUCAAUGACCAUGCACCGGUUUUCAAAAAGUCGUGGUACAGUUUUGAUACCGAAGAAGGUGAAUAUCAGGACAGUGUCCUGGGUCAAGUGUUGGCAGUAGAUUUGGAUUACGGCGAGAAUGCGAAUGUUUCAUAUAGUCUGAGCGAAGCAGAUUUGCCCUUCAAGAUCAAAACAUUGUCUGGCGUCCUAAAGAUCACUGGUAUAUUGGACCGCGAAGUGCAUCCGAAGUAUAACUUUCAAGUUAUUGCCAUCGAUAAUGCGGAACCACUAUAUCGUAUGUCGAGUUCGGUUGAUGUUGAAGUUAAUGUUAUAGAUAUCAAUGACAAUAAGCCCGAGUUUAUCGGCUACGAUGACAUUGUAAGUGCGCAAAAGUAUAUUGCCGAUUUGCCAGAUCGCACACUAAUGCUGCCCAUCUACAAGGCUUAUUUAGAUCGCAGUACCAAAGCUGGAAUGUUUGUUAAACAAGUAAAUGCAAUAGAUAAAGAUUACAUUGGCAAUGGCAAUGGCCUGGUGCUCUAUUCCAUACUACACCAAGACAUACACAAUCCCAUAUUCCAGGUAGAUUCGCGAGACGGCACAAUAACAACCGUAGCGAGUUUUCGUAGCUACAAUGAUUAUGAACAUCUCAAUGUAACAGUAGUUGCAUCGGAUUUAGGCAGUCCAGCACACUCGUCCACUGCCAUUGUGCUUAUCAAUCUGCAAGGACAAGCUGUCACAGAAGCGCCGAUAGAUGAGACGGAUCUGCACAAUGAGCAACGCAACCUUAGCUUAUUUCAACACCAGUACCAUGAAGUACAAGUACUUGAAAACAACAAUGCGCCAUUGGAGCUGAUAAGAGUCAAUCUUACUGCUGGUAUAAAUCCUGAAGUCUUCCGUUGGAGUUUAAUUAUGGAAGGAGAAGACGAACAAGAAUUCGACGCGCAACCACUCUUCGAAUUAGAUCCGAAAACCAUUACGCUAUACGCUUUAAGGUCUUUCGAUCAUGAACUGAAAAGCCGAUACCAGUUACGUGUGCAUGCCGAUCGACUAAAUCGCGAACCGCGUAACUAUGCACGAAUAUCGUACCCCGUGACAGAUGAGCGUGUCAAUGGUUUGGAUCCGAAUGAGUGUCGAAUUGUUGUGAAUAUCCAAGACGAUAAUGACAAUGAGCCUCGCUUUAAGUCCGCUGGUCAAGCCAUUAUUGCAGUAGUGCCACGAUCGGCUACGUUUGGCUAUCCAGUGACAAUUGUGAAGGCAAUCGACGCAGAUGAAGGGGUAAAUGCGGAAAUACGUUAUCGUUUACUGAAUGAGCCUUCCCGGCUUUUUGGAAUUGAUGAGCUAACAGGUAAAAUACGGCUCGUGGGUACUGUGCCAAUGGAUGAGCGUGUAUACGGGUUCGAUGUGAAAGCUACUGAUCGUGCCGGUGCGGAUGAUGGUCGCAGCAGUAUUGUAAAUGUUUUCGUGUAUAUCAUCGAUGAGGCACGGCAAGUACGUAUUGUGGUGGCUGGAAAGCCAGUCGAGGUAGAGCGUCGCAUCGAUGCUCUAAUGCAGGCGCUAAGUGAGGCCAUACAGAUGGAUGUACGUGUGCGAUUGCUGGAACCGCACGCGGGUGGACUUGAACCGGCAACCGACGCCUACAUUUAUGCAGUGGACUACCGCACAAAUGCCAUUUUGGAAAUGGAGCGACUGCAGGAAUUGCUUGCUGGCCUGCAACUAGACGCAUUACAGUUGCAACAACAACAGCAUCAGCAAGAAAGUGGCCAACACGAUAGCAGCAAAUUUAUGCCACGCAUUAUAGAACUGGCUGAAUUUGGGCAAUUGCCGCGCAACACCCCACACACGGCGAAUUUUAUCAGCGGCUUAGAGAUUGUUAGCAUUGUAUUAAUCGUUUUAUGCGGCUUUGGAGCGACAAUGACUGCACUUUGUUUCCUGUGCCUGCGUCAGAAACGCAGCAGCAUUUGGACACAGCCGGAAUUCCCCUCUUCGGAAACCGGUCUAACUUACAGUGUUGCACGUACUGGCCUUGCGGCAGCUGGCAACUGCCGUCAACAUCAAAAUCGCCAACGCCAAUUGCUACAAAAGCAACAGCAACAAAAGCAAUUGCAGCUGCAGCAACAGCAACAACCAGUGCAACUAUGCGGUAAGUCAGUCAAGACCACAAGUUCUUUCAUUCCAGAAUCGGUGUGUUCGUCCUCGUCCCAGACACAAUCGACAGCUGUUGCUGCUUCACCGAAUAGUGAUCAUCAGCAUCAACAACAACAACAAGAGUAUCAGCAGCAAUCUCUUCAUCAACAUCAUCAUCCGCAUAGUCAUAAUCAUGCAGUUCAUUCGCAUCUAAAUCAUUACACACAUAGUGGGCAUGCGCAACUGCAACAACAACAACAGAUAGAUCAACGACAGCGCGAAUACAUCGAUGUGCCACUUCCCAAAUCCAUUGCCAAGUCAGUGGCAGCUAAUCGCUGUGCAGCAUUGGAAAACGAGCCCACGCCGUUGCCAUUUGUACUUAAAUACAAUUCAUGCCAGCCGGUCAAUAAUCUUUCACCCAGCGCAUAUGAGACCUCCAUGUUUUCGCUGCAUUCGAAUGGUCAAGAUUCUGGAGUUGACUUUCUAAGCAGCCGUGAACUGUAUGAAACUUCGCCAGAUUCUUUCAAAACCAGUUCACAGCAUUCACAAAGUAUGAAUACCUUGGAGUUAUUGUGCCCCAGACAUGCCAAGCACAAACAUAGUGGCAACAGCAACAACAACAACACGAGUGGUAGUGGCGGCAGUGCCACAGCAGCGAUGGGAAAUGAUAGCAGUGACAACUAUGAGGAUUCGCUGAAGAAUGACGAGCCUUUGGUGGCCUCUAACUGCCGUAAUCCGAAUGCCAUGCAUAAUUCACUUUGCGAUCACCACCGACACGACUAUCAGAAUACCAAAUUUGAAAAACGUUCUGGCGUGCGACACUCUUUUUCCGGCAUUAAGGAUGACUUGGUGCAAAAUUCGCCGCAGAUUUCAAUACGCCCGCGUGGCCAUAUAUUACGCAACUCCAUGAACGAUCUGGAGGAACGGCUGCAUAAUUUGGAGCAAUCGUUUCGCCGGCCGAUGGACUAUGCAAAGUCUAGCUCAAUUUUUUAAAAUAACUUUAGCGCUAUGUGGC